GUCGGAGAAUAAAGAUGGCGGCCCGGUGGAGCAGCGAGAAUGUUGUGGUGGAGUUUCGAGACGCUCAGGCGACUGCGAUGUCAGUGGACUGUCUGGGGCAUUAUGCUGUUCUUUCUGGGAGACGUUUCUUGUACGUUGUGAACCUGGAGGCGCCGUCGGAGGCUCCUCGCAAAAUAGGCCGUCAGAGCAAGUGGGACGUCGGCACGGUGCAGUGGAAUCCGCACAAGACGGAAGCUCACCUGUUCGCUGCUUCAAGUAAUCAGCGUGUGGACCUGUACGCAUGGCGCGAUGGAUGUGGAGGGUCUCACACGUCCCUGCAAGGUCACACACGAGUUAUAAGCGAUUUGGAUUGGUCGUGGUUUGAGCCGGAAUUUCUCGUCACGAGUUCAGUCGACACCUACAUCUACAUAUGGGACACAAGAGACACCCGUAAGCCUACAGGAGCUCUAUCAGCAGUGGCCGGAGCGUCUCAGGUGAAGUGGAACAGAAAGAAUCAGCACUGCUUGGCUUCGAGUCACGACGGAGACGUCAGGAUCUGGGACAGACGGAAACCCAACACUGCAGUUGAAUAUGUCGCUGCUCACUUAUCCAAGAUUCACGGCUUGGACUGGCAUCCUGAUAAUGAGUAUAUACUGGCAACCUCCAGCCAGGACAACUCCGUUAGGUUCUGGGACUACAGACAACCUCGAAAAUACCUCAAUAUCUUGUCCUGCCAAGUUCCUGUUUGGAAAGCCAGAUACACGCCGUUUUCCAACGGACUGGUGACUGUGAUGGUGCCGCAGCUCAGGCGAGAGAACAGCCUCCUGCUGUGGAGUACGUUGGACCUCAACAGCCCCGUUCACGCCUUCGUAGGUCACGAUGACGUGGUGCUCGAAUUUCAGUGGAGACCUCAGAAAGAAGGAUCGAAGGACUGCCAGCUCGUCACAUGGUCCAGAGAUCAGACGCUUCGGAUAUGGAGGGUGGAUCCUCAGUUACAGAAGUUAUGCGCCAGUGACAUUGUGGAGGAGCUGAUGGAAGGCAUGAGUCUCACGACAGAGUCUGAGAAGACACUCCGCUCCCAGGAACCUCCUCUGAGCCCCAGUCUAACUGCUGACGACCUGCAGGGUCAGUUUGAGGCAUCCAAUGGCAGGCAAGACCCCGCUGGCCUGGUUCAGACUCUGCAGCAAGAGUUCUCACUGGUCAACCUGCAGAUCCGCAACGUCAACGUGGAGAUGGAUGCCGUGAACCGCACCUGCUUUGUUUCCGCCCACUGUGGAGCGAAUCAGGUCAGGCUGGUGGUGAAGUUUCCCACACAGUAUCCAAACAACGCUGCACCGUCUUUCCAGUUCGUUCCUCCAACAACCAUCUCAUCCUCCAUGAAGACCAAGAUCCAGAAGAUCUUGACGGACACGUCGCUUCAGAAAGUGAAGAGGAACCAAAACUGCCUGGAGCCGUGUGUGAGGCAGUUGGUGUCCUGCCUCGAGUCAGAUGCGGAGGACGGCACUAAUCCCCAUGGGUUCAGUAACUCUGUGAGCCCUGCUCUUCCUGCCUUUCCUCGUGUCACCAACACUUAUGGCUCUUACCAGGACGCAAACAUCCCUUUCCCACGUACGUCAGGUGCUCGCUUCUGUGGCACAGGCUCUCUGGUUUAUUUCACUCGCCCCAUGUCCAUGCAUCGCACCGUCCCUCCGACAGAACCUACGCCCAGAUCUCUCUCAGCGCUGUCUGCGUACCACAGUGGCCUUAUGACCCCGAUGAAGAUGCGAAGCGAGUCUCAGUCCACGCUGCGGCUGUACAGCGGGAGUCCGACACGCAGCGAUAAAGAGCAAGUGUCCAUCUCGUCCUUCUACUACAAGGAACGGAAAUCACGGCGCUGGAAAGGGAAACGCGAGGGAACAGAUUACAGCAACAAAACGAUCAAACUAGCUGGGAAAGUGAUCAUUCAGGAGAUUUCCUGUCUCCUUCCUAUUCACAAAGCCCUCGGAGAGACCUACGUAUUGAAUAUGAAUGACAUCCAGGAUACGUGUCAGAAGAACGCAGCCGCCGCUCUGACGGUGGGACGCAGAGAUUUAGCAAAGGUUUGGGCUUUGGCCUCUGCAGCGACCAGUCUCGACCUGUGUCCUGACUCCGAUCCUGACACUGACACUCCCUGGGCGAGACACCCUUUUGGGCGACAGCUGCUCAAGACUUUGCUUGAACACUACAGUCAGAUGAGUGACGUGCAGACUCUGGCCAUGCUGUGCAGUGUGUUCCGGGGUCAGGGCAUCCCUCAGGACUAUUUCACACUGUACGGCCCACGCAGCUCGGGCUUCACCCUCCAACACUCGCGCUACCCCAGCUUCACUUCCAGCUCGGUCACGUCUGGUUCCUGCUCCAGUACCUCCGACUCCAUCACCGCUCCGUGGAAUAUGGCUGGACGCGACACUGAACAAGCUCUACCGUGGGGAGAGUCCUCUCCUGACGACCUCCGCUAUGCAAACCAGGCUUACACAGAUCCCCGGGAACGAGAGAAAGAGCAACACGACAUGAACAAAAGAUUAUUAGACCCGGCGAACACCUUACAGUACGACGACUUUAAGAAGUGUUACGGAGAGAUUCUGCACCGCUGGGGUCUGAAGGAAAAGAGAGCAGAAGUGCUGAAGUUUGUUUCUUGUCCUCCAGAGCCGCACAAGGGGAUCGAGUUCGGCGUGUACUGCUGCUACUGUCGGAGCCAGGCCAGAGGAACUCAGUGCGCCGUGUGCAAGCGCUUCACCUUCCAGUGCGCCAUCUGCCACGUGGCUGUCCGCGGCUCGUCCAAUUUCUGCCUGAGCUGCGGCCACGGCGGCCACACGAGCCACAUGAUGGAGUGGUUCCGCUCGCAGGAAGUCUGUCCUACAGGCUGCGGCUGUCACUGUCUCCUCCAGAGCACGUUCUGAAUCCUUUACACAGACAUGGACAUGGCCGAGGUCUCAGGGUGCGUCUCGAACCUCUCAGUACUGUAACACAGCCUCGACUGUUGAUUUUUUUUUUUUUUUUAACAGGACUGAUACAGACCAUGGAUUUCUGUGCUGCUCUGAACAGACCUUUUCUAAUAGCGGUCUUCGCAGUAUGCAAGAAACCACAACGACCUGAGUGACCGUUUACACCAGCCUUAUUCAGAAAGAUCAAUCCGAAUAAAGGAAGUGCCGUUUUUGCAGUCCUGGUUCGGUUACACUGCAGGGUUUUAUUUCUCCGCAAUCUGUGAACACAACCACGUCGAGAUGGACUGAAUGUGCUGCUGAUUGAACCCUCACAGCUGAAAAGCGCCAUUUUGUAUGAUGAUGUCUGUCUUUUCAUUUGAGAAGAGAAUAGUGAAGAACUGUGCUCUUGUGUAAGGGAGUAGUGAUAAAUGAUAAACCAGCACCAACAAAGUUUCUGCCCUGAAUGAAGAAAUAAAUUUGUUUAAAAAGCUG